AUGACAGCAAUUGCUUUGAAGGCACUGAAGAAUGCUCAUGAUGUUCACCUCUUCCACAUUGCCGCUUGUUUCUCAGCAAUAUGUUCACCGAGCAUGCCUAUGCCAACGGCUGUCACGGCCUGCCUUCAGCGUGCGCGUGGUACAACUCGGUCAGAAUUAGCAAAUGUUGCGGCUCAUCUUGCAGUUUCGCUUUUAAGCGAGAAGGAGAAGGAGGAGAUGUUGUCCUCUGUGUUUUCAGCUCUAGACAAGAUGAAUGUCACUGCCGGAGACUGCUGGUUGGCAAGCGCUUUUAUAACAUCCUGUCCUUUACCUAACGCAACUACUUUGUCAACCAUCAAGAAAUUAGUGAAUAUAGCAGAUGAAGGCUAUAACAAGCCCAACAGUGUGUUGGAGUCAGCUCUUGGCGCACUUGCCAAUAUACUACGUAGGAUUUUAUCACAAGAUGAGAAAUUUGCACUAACUUCUGACGAGCUCGGUCAUGUAUUAGCUGUUUGCGAAAAAAUAGCAGUCUCUAGAAAAGAUGCUGUAUCUACUAAAGCUCAUGAGGAAUCCACUCUAGCCAUAGGUUUUUGUGCAACGGCAAUGGACGAUGACCUCUAUGAGAAACUAACCUCAUCCCUGUAUUCAAUUGGAAAUGGCCCUCCACAGCCUGAGGUGCAGCUCGUGGUAGGAUCAGCUUUAUUCGAUGUCGCCUUGGGUCCAUAUUCGCCCUCACGUAGAAAUCUUUACUUAACAUCAGAAGACGACGUUAAGGUAUUUAUUAUCGGUUUUUGA